CCGUAUUCACCUCGCGUUGGCUGAGACAUCUAGGUGAUCUCCUGAGUGUGCGCCUGGAGCGCGGUCCGGAGGUCAGAACUGGAGUCAGAGACCCGGGGACCAUUGGCAGUCAGGGGACUGGGUCAUUCUGGACCUUGUCACUUCUGCUCCUGGCUGCCACUGCUCCGAGACUAUGGAGCUGUGGAGGCAACUGAGGCAGGCGGGACUGGUGCCCCCAGGAUUGGACCCACCUCCCCCGGCCCUGAUGGCGCCCCCGCCAGUGAGGAGAGCUGGCCAGACCCUCUCGUCCCCACGGGUAGAGGGUGCAGGUGCCAGGGAGAGUCUGCUGUGGAUCUGGGAGGAACUGUGGUGCCUCCGCCAAGUGGACAUCCAGCUGCUGGGCCAGCUGUGCAGCUUGGGGCUGGAGCUGAGGGCGCUGCGGGAGGACCUGGUCACCAUCCUGGAAGAGGAGGAGGAGAGCCUCGAGGAGGAAGAGGAGGAGGAGGAAGAGGGGAAGCAGGACGAGGGACACGUGGAGGGCUUCUGCUGGGCCCCAGGUCACCAACUCCCCGACUUUGAGAUGACCAUCUGAGGCCCGACCAGGCGCUUGCGAUUGACACAUGAAUGAGAUGCAAAUUUAUGCAAAGGAGGGGGGAUUUGCAGGUCAAAUCAACCAGCGGUCCUGGAUUUGGAAUCAACCCCUGUUUUGGAGCAAAUACAUUCUCGAAAGAUGUCUGCGCAGAAAUGGAAGGGCCGGCCUGGGUCCUGGGGGUGCGUUUGCAGACGCUGCGGGAGGUUUGUGGAGAAACUAGGCGUAUGUGCCGGUGGGUUGCAGGGGAGACGUGGGUCUUUGCGAAUAGGAUGGAGACACUCGCAGGUGAUCAAGGCUGGCCUCUGGCGGCCACGCCCCCAAGUGGCUGUUGAGCACGUGGCUAGGCUGAAUUGAAGUGCGCUGGACACGUGACUACAGAUGGACUUUCAAAGGCUUACUAUGAUACAAAGAAUAUUUAUGACAUUUUAAUAAACUAAAAUUUUUGUUGAAA